AUGUCGACGUUUACUAUGAAACUUGCGUGUGUCUUGGCUGGAGUCACUGCAACAAUGGCAGCUCCAGCAUUGGAUGACUCGAGCACUAUGUUGGCCGUCAUGGGCCAAGAUGCUCUCGAUGAGCAGAGCUACUCCACAUUCGCCAAAUGCGUGCAAGGCCUGGACUCCGCCUACAAAGCAUACGCAGACGAGGGUGUUCUGGUAGUCAUCCCAGCCACCAGUCGUGCGAUUGAUAUUGAUACUACGGACAAGGAGCUGUGGGACUGCAUUGAAUCCUCCUCAGACACCGUCUCUCUCGCGGCUGAAUCAAGCGAUUUCCAUGACCAGACCCAGGACGCAAGUACUGACGUCAAGUCUAUCCAGCAUUCGAAUGCCGUGAAUAUGGGCAUCACGGGGCAGAAGGUGGUUGAUCAUGUUGCUGCUAAGACGAGAGCUUUGGAAUCGCGCGACGUUCAAUACUAUGGCGUCCACCAUUCCGAUGAAAAUACUUGCAGGGGUGACUUCAACAACUACUACAUUAAAAACUGCAUCAGCUCUGCCAGUGCUUAUGCCUCCACAUUGGCGGACAACUUGGACGCGGCCAAGCGUUUGAGGUAUACAAUUUGGCCGCACCACUCGUGCGAAAAGGGUAACCAGAGAGUCAUUGUUAUCAACCCGCGUUCAUCCAGCGCUUGCCAGGUCCGGACUACCUAUUCAUGGCACGGAGCCUACGCUUAG